CCACCCCACGCCAGCAUGCCAUUACCCAUUGGCCCUCUGCGCUCGGUGUAUCCAGUCACGGCUGUCAUGUCAGACUAUGCCCACAAUUGCAGCUCGUUCGGUUAUGAAAUAUGGAAAGCAACUCAUGAAUAUGCUAAUAAGACAGUUUACUUAAAGCCGCGGGAGGCUCCACCUUCUUUCCCGUUUGCUAGUACAGAGCUGUUGCGGACGGUCUGGGCGAGUAAUUGCAUUUCAUUCUGUAAAUCCCGCUCACUCAACAUCAGCAUGUCCGAUAAACUGCCUUUCAAAGUCGCUGACAUCAGCAUGGCAGAGUGGGGCCGCAAGGCCGUGGAGAUCGCGGAGAACGAGAUGCCAGGUCUGAUGAAGAUGCGGGAGAUGUACGGGGAGUCGAAGCCCCUGAAGGGAGCACGCAUUGCCGGCUGCCUCCACAUGACCCUCCAGACCGCCGUGCUGAUCGAGACCCUGACAGCCCUGGGGGCUGAGGUUCAGUGGUCCAGCUGCAACAUUUUCUCUACCCAGGAUCAUGCGGCCGCAGCCAUUGCCAAGACUGGCGUUCCUGUGUACGCCUGGAAGGGAGAGACAGACGAGGAGUACAUCUGGUGCAUUGAACAGACCAUCUAUUUCCAGGAUGGGAACCCACUCAACAUGAUCCUGGAUGAUGGAGGGGACCUCACCAACAUGGUGCACAAGAAGUACCCCAAGCUUCUUUCAGGAAUCAAGGGGAUUUCCGAAGAGACCACCACAGGAGUUCACAACCUGUACAAGAUGUUGAAAAACGGAGAGCUCAAAAUCCCAGCCAUCAAUGUGAACGAUUCGGUGACAAAGGUACCACAGUAACUCGUGCUUUCAGUACAA